CAUUUUUUUUUUUGUUUUUCCCUCAAACUUCAACACAUUCACUUUUCAAAAACCUAAAUUUGGAUCUAGAAAUUAAAUUUUCGACAUCAUCAUUAGCAAAAUUUAUUUAUUCUUUAGUCUCCAACUUUUCUCGUGUAAAAUUGGUAAUAGUUCAAGGCAGAUGAGCUCUUUUUACAUAUAUUUUUAAUAAUUGACUUCAAAAUUGAUAUGCGAAUCGCAAGUGAAAAUGUUCGUUAGUGUUUGUCUGAUGGCGAGAAUGCGUGGAUUUCGUGCACUCAUCAUGGGUCCGCCGGGCAGCGGCAAGGGCUAUGUGUCCGACAUGAUAGUCAAGACCUUUGGUGCCGUGCACAUAGCUGCCGGAGAUAUAUUGCGAAAGCACAUACACCAGGGUACGGCCCUGGGCAAGCAUGCCUUCCACAUGAUCAGCCAGGGCAAGCUGGUGCCCGAUCAUCUGCUGCACGGCGUCAUUGCCACGGCCGUGUACAAGGCAGAGGACCGUAACUUCAUACUGGACGGAUAUCCGCGCAAUCUGGCUCAGGCUAAGCACCUACAGGGCCUGGUCAAGCUGGACAUGGUGAUCAAUCUGAAUAUACCCGAUGAGGCCAUAGUAAACAUGCUCAAGAAUCGGCUGGUGCACAUGCCAUCGGGUCGCGUCUACAACGAGGGCUCGGCGGCCCCACGAGUGCCCGGCCAUGACGACGUGACGGGCGACCCGCUGACGCGUCGCGUCGACGACCAUCCCAAGGUGGUGCAGGCCCGAUUGGCUGCCUUCGAUAAGCAGAUGCAGCCCGUCAUUCGAUUCUAUAUGAAGCAGAAUAUUCUGUACACCAUCACUGGCAGACAGCACCGCAACCUAUGGCCGUUGGUUCAUAAAUUCUUGAAAAAACGUUGGAUCAAACGUUCUGUUCGUCCCUUCCGACCCCCAAGAAAUCUCGAUUUGGUUAAGUUAUGCUGAUUGCAAAGUGCAUGUUCAAAAAUUUUGAUAAUCCUCCGACUUAUAUAUAUUAUUUCAUAUAUAUUUACAUAUAAAUAUAUAUAAUACAAAGUUAUAUAUAUACAUAUAAAUAUAUAUAUACACACAUAUAUAUAAGUUUGCUGUAAUAAGUUACUGAAAAUGAAUAUAGCAAAUCAAAUUUUACUAAUCCCCCUA